GUCUCCAUGCAGCUUUCAGAUGGAGUCAAUGCAGGCCAAGGUCUGGGUAUCGAAAUCAUUGCUACUUUCCAGCUGGUGUUGUGUGUCCUUGCCACCACAGACCGGAGAAGGAAUGAUGUCUCAGGAUCAGCACCUUUGGCCAUUGGUCUCUCCGUCGCCUUGGGACAUCUUCUUGCUAUUGAUUACACUGGGUGUGGAAUCAACCCAGCCAGAUCUUUUGGUUCAGCGCUGAUUGCCAACAACUUUGAAAAUCACUGGAUCUUCUGGGUUGGCCCAGUCAUUGGAGGAGCAAGUGCUGCCCUGAUUUAUGACUUCAUCCUGGCACCCAGAACCAGCGACCUGACUGACCGCAUGAAGGUGUGGACCAGUGGCCAAGUAGAAGAGUAUGACCUGGAAGGAGAUGAUAUGAACUCCCGUGUUGAAAUGAAGCCAAAAUAAAGAAGGACAAGGAGAAAAUAAAAAAUAGCACAUUGGUUUCCGAAGAUUUUAUCAGUGUUAUAGACUCUUUGUAAACCAGCAAGCAGUACUUCAUUUUUUAAUUCAAUAAGGUUAUCCACUUUUU